AUGGGUGUGCCUGCCAGCCUGGGCGUGCUGAGGGAGACGUGUGUGGCCCGCCUGCUGGUCACGGCGAGUCAGAUUACCCGUUGUACAAGCCCGCCACACCACACUAAGCAACACAGCCUUCACCACACUCAUCUAAAGCUCCAUACAAACACAACACGUCAGUCCAAGGAACGUAACCUUCAUCACGCCCACCAAAACACAAGUUUGAAUUUUGAGGUGACGAAGUUCUCUGGGGAGACAAACCCAAAGACUACGCCACCUUCUGGUGUUUCCCCCACCGUGGACAGCUGGUAUCCUGCGGGGAGGACCAGCCUCACAGGCUGUCCACGACCGCGAUUUCGGGUCCUAGACCCUUCUUCAGUGGGUAUGGAGGCAGUAGUCAUCUUAGAGGUUGAGACGCGCCGUGAGUGUUGCGGUGGUGGCGGCCGCGCUGGUGUUGGGCGUGGCCGGGGACGCAGAGGCGGAGGCGAAAGCGGAGGCGGACGCUGGUUUCAGGAGGGCAGACGUGUCUCUCGCCUCUCCCUACGCAGAUCCUCGCAGCCCGUACCGAGUCGUCACGCCUCUGUCUCCUGUCUCAAGACUCACCCUUCACAGCAGGCCCAGGACACCCACCUCCCACGUCAGCGUCAUCCACCCUGGGGCGAAAUCCUUGGGAGGCGCGAAGCACAAGCUGAGGUGUCACAUUCAUACAGAUCCACAGCCAAUCCCUUCCAUGGCUUCGGUUCACACCCAGGCCUCAGUCCCAUCCACGACGUCUCCUUGGAAUCAUACGAGUCUAAAGAGGAUGGAAACUGUCCGCCCUCCUACCAGUGCGUGCCCCUGGUUGCCUGCGCCCCGUGCUUCGACGACAUCCGGGACAACUACCAUACAUGCCCGCUGUCCCACAAUGCCUGGGGAGUGUGUUGCCCCAAGAUUACCCCCAGACGAAGUGUGCCCAGUUUGUUCGCGAAGCCCAGCGUUCAAGUGAGGCAGAUGCAGUUCUCCUUUGACGUGGUGAACGAGGCCGGCCGCAGCUCACUCUGGCAGCUCGAGGCGAGGGACAACCUGGAGAGAUACCUACAAAUGCGGAAUAUCGUGAUCGCCAAGCCAGGCACGCCAGAGUAUGCUCACCUGCAGUUCUUCCGCACCUCACCCCGGGCUAUGAAGAUCAGUAGAGACGCCCUGACUUCGGUGGGAGCCUCAGACUACCUUGUUACUAGAUUCCGCCUGGAUCCGCUUGAGGCUGGGUUCGGGCUGCAGCAGAUCUCCCUCAGGAACUCUAUCAUCGAGGACGUGUGUCCUGUCACGCCGAACUGUGGUGCGAAGGAACAGUACUAUCGCACCAGUGACGGUUCCUGUAACAACGUGGAUCGUCCUUCCCUCGGCCAGGCCAGGACGCCUCUCCACCGCCUCACCAUGCCGCUCUACAGUGAUGGACUGAUGAGGCCACGGCGCAGUGUGACGGGCGACGCUCUUCCCUCUGCGCGUCUGGUCUCCACAAGUGUCUCCCCUGAUGCGGACAGACCCAACAAUGAUUUGACUCUGUACGUGAUGCUGUGGGGUCAGUUCAUCGACCACGACUUGACUCACGUGCCUAUCUUCAGGUUUGACAACACCUCUGGAAUCGAAUGUUGUACUAAUAACAGACGGGAUUUCCUGGACGCCAACCUCAUUCACCCGUCGUGCUUCCCUAUCGAGAUCCCAGCCGACGAUCCCUUCCACUCCAGGACAUCAGGCCGCCGCUGUAUGAACUUUGUCAGGUCCAUGAUUUCCCCUCGAGACUGUAACCUGGGAUUCGCUGAGCAGAUGAACCAACUCACACACUUCCUGGACAGCUCCAACAUCUACGGCUCCAGUCGCGAGGAUGAGGAGAAGGUGCGGGCCUUCACCGACGGACUUUUGAAGGAGCAGGGAAGCAAUCUAUUGCCUGCUAACCCCGAGGCAAUGGAGUGUUUCAGUAGUAGCCAUGGGUUCCCGUGUUUCACAGCAGGUGACGAGCGCGUGAACGAGCAGAUUCAGCUGACCAUCAUGCACACCAUCUGGAUGCGCUUCCACAAUGUGAUCGCCAGGGAGCUGAAGCGCCUCAAUCCAUACUGGGACGACGAAACGCUGUACCAGGAGGCGCGGCGCAUCGUCAACGCCAUGUACCAACACAUCGUCUACAAUGAGUGGCUGCCCAUCAUCCUAGGAAAGGACAUCAUGGUGGAGAAGGGACUGUUACCGCUGCGCUACGGGUACUCUAACCUCUACGAUCCCUCAAUCGACCCAACCAUUGCCAACGAGUUCGCCACGGUGGCAUUCCGCUUCGGCCACACCUUGGUUCAGGGCAUGCUGGACUUGGUCGGCAAGAGAGGGUCGCGCCGAGAAACAGUGGAUUUGGUGACGCAGUUCAACAACCCGAGCCUCCUGUACACGCCUGGCAAGUUGGACGAUUUCCUGAGAGGCAUCGCGCAGCAGCCGCCACAGCAAAGCGACAACUUUGUUACCACGGCACUCACCAACAGGCUGUUCCAGGAAGAGGGGCAGAAUUUCGGAAUGGACCUGGUGGCGCUCAACACUCAGAGAGGACGCGAUCACGCCAUCGGCACCUACAACGACCUGAGGGAGCUGGCUGGCCUGCCCAGAGCCACCACCUUUGAUGACUUCAGGGACGUCUUGCCUAACAGGGUGGUGGAAGCGUUCUCCCGCCUCUACGCCUCAGUGGACGAUGUGGAUCCAUUCGUGGCAGGCAUUGCUGAGGAAAAUGUACCUGGAUCCAUCCUUGGACCAACCUUCAGGGCCAUCAUCGCUGACCAGUUCUGCAGGCUGAGACAAGGUGACAGGUUCUUCUAUGACCAAGGAGGCAGCCCCACGUCAUUCACUGAGGCCCAACUUCACCAGAUCCGUCAAAUCUCCUUCGCUCGGGUUCUGUGUGCGACUGGCGAUAACAUUAUGACUAUCCAACCACUGGCUAUGAGGGCUGCAUCAGAACUGAACCCGAGACUGUCCUGCAGAGACAAGACCAUUCCACCCAUUGACCUCACGCCCUGGCUGUCCAGCAGGGGUUCCUACCACUAAUACUGCAGAGGGAAAGCGUUACCGGCCGCCACUGAUGCUGAAAACACAUACGAGUACCAUUAAUCAUAGAAUUAUCUCAUAGGAUGUAGACAAAAACCUCAAGGGUCGUUCAGUCUCGUCACGUCACGGGUUGGUGCCAUGAAGGGAGGAGAAAAUGUUGUGUUGUUGUUAGUUGGAUUCUGAAACGUUUUACACCACUAUUGACAACUAGCUAUUGAUAAGGUGUCCAUUGUUUGUAAUGUGUGUUUAUGUGCAUAUUUACUCCCACUGAUGAUGCGGGAGUCUUGUUCAGUUAAUCACUUAACUUCUACUAGCUAGUGGUUGUUGUGAACUUAGUCGAGGCAGGACAGUGAGUUGUUUGAGGAUGCAGUCUUGGUCGAGAGUUAGAAUGAAGCAGUUUCGAGUUGCUUCUUACUGGUAUAUUACGAAUCGACGACAUGCACAUCACCACGAUCCCUGUGCUGUUAUUAAUGAGCCUUCCUCCUCUGUCUCCAUGUGGUUUUAGUUCAUCAUAAUACAUCCUGAAGAGCCUUGAGAACAUAGGUAAUGAUUCACUCACUAACUGGCAAAUUAACACAUUUCUUUCUUUCUCUAGCAUUUUUAGUAUUUUUCAAUGACAGAAGCGUUUCAGAAACACCGUUACGUAUUAGUUGCAUCUAUUGGGGUCUUUAAAAGCAGCACAGGGAGAAUUUGUGUUAAGCUGUGUGCCGGUACCCAACAUAUAAGAAAUGUGAAGGUCGUUGCAAGUCGCUUGAGGUCGUAAAAGAUCAGUCAGGUGCAAUUAUGAGUGAAGGUCUUCUAAUUGUAUUGUACAGACCUGCAUUCUUCCUCAGUCUUUUCCUCAGCUCUCCUCAGUCUUCAAGUAUCACAUCAGUUUGAGUACAGACAACAUCGUAAAAGAGAGAUGUUUUUUGAGUCUUUGUAAUAGAUGUACUGUUGUGGUUGAUAUUUUAGUGACAUCAUGUAAUCCUUUCCACUGACUUUAGCCGUUCCCUCAAUCUUAAGUCUUCCAAUACCACAGCAUCAGUUUGAGUACAUAAAGAAAUAUUUUUUUCCUAUCUAGUCAAAGUCAUCUAUAAUCACUCAUCCAACAGAAGGAAAAUACAGUUCUUCCACUCUGAUGAAUUAUAUUUUUUGAUCAUAAUUAGGUAUUGGAGAUUUCCUGAAGUUCAAAAGCUUUUUAUAAUACUGAAAAGCUUCUGUCCAUGUAUUGCCACUCCUUCAUUCACUUCGUCAGUUGUCUUCCUUUGUGCCUCUGUGGGUCAGUACCUCUCACCACAUUCGUAUUCGCACUGUUCCUCCUCCAUCGUAGCAAGAAGUCUUUCAUUACAUCGUCCUUUCUCAAAUAACUGAUAUCGAAUAUUGAGGUCUGUUGUUUAUAAUCCUUUAUAAUUUUUUGUUAGAUCCUCGAGUUCUUGAGCAGCAGAGCAGAAACAGUUCUUAAUUAAUUCCUCAAGCUUCUCUUACUUCUUUUCGAAUCCUGUUUCUCUGCUUGUAAAGAAUAUAUCAGUUAUUAAGACUCGUGAGGAGAGUAUGAGGAAAUAAAAAGCUUUAGGAAUGAGGAAAGUCUAAAUAGCAGAAAUGAAUGAAUGUAAGCACAUAACAUAAACUGGAAGACCGCAAGGUCUAUACGUGGUUGAUAAAAUAAUCACAUCAUAUAAAGAAAGUCAAAGUGAAAAGGCUAGAAUAGUGAUAUUCGCCACAUAAGACUUAGAAGUGAGUAAAAAACCUAAGAACACAAGCCGCGAGAAGACAGAAAGGCCUGCACGUGGCGGACAGAAGGGAGAAUCACGUAGUAUAAAGAAAAUUAUGGCAAAGAAGGUUAAAAUAGUGAUGUUCGCCACUUCCUCCCAUUAUUAGAUAGACAACUCCAGUGGGGGUGUCCUUGUGGCCAAAUGAUUUUUUUUUUCCUUAGGUAUUAUUUUUCUCCUUCCAUAUCUUUAUUUCUAUUUAUCUUUUUCGUGUGCAGUUAUUUAUGAGUUCACUUGCAUAUACUUCAUUUUGACAUUACUGAAAUAACAUUCUCUCUCUCUCUCUCUCUCUCUCUCUCUCUCUCUCUCUCUCUCUCUCUCUCUCUCUCUCUCUCUCUCUCUCUCUCUCUCUCUCUCUCUCUCUCUCUCUCUCUCUUUCUCUCUGUCUCUCUGGUAUAAUUUCUAUGUAAGAUAUCUGAGAAAAAAUAAUGAAAUACUAGAAUAUAAAUAAAGGCUUAAAAAGAU